GUCACCUCCUCGGUGAGGGAUGGCGGUGCUGUUGAGGCGCUUGGCCUCCAUCUCUUCACGGAGAACGGUUGGAGUGUACCAGGUUGUUGUGCCUUGCAGUUGCCAGAAUCACAGUGACUCCUCUAAGCUGGCACAGGAUCACUGGGCAAAGCAGGCUCUGCUGAAACUUUAUGAACGUUUUUAUGACAUCGAAAACCUUUUCAACUGGAGCAUUAAAUUUCGAAAUUGGAAUCUGCGGAGGAAAAACAUAUACUAUGGAUAUACCAAGAAAAUGUAUGGUAUUUACGCUGCUGCAACUCACUAUAUCCUGCAGCAGCGAGGAGCUGUACGGUUCGCAGGCCAUGAAGACUGGGUCCGCACAAACCGAAGGGGCAAGUACAGCUGGGAUUUCCUGAACUUCAAAGAUGUUCCGCUCGAAGCAGUCGAUGCCAGCGGCUCCUUGCUAACCUAUGACGGGAUGGAGAAUUUAGUGUGUCUUAAGGAGCUGAAGUAUUUGAAUCUGAGCUGCUGUCCUCACGUUGAUGACUGGUGUCUUAGCCGCCUAUACAUCUUUGGAGAUUCGCUCGAAGAACUGGGGUUGUCAGGGUGUCCUAGAGUCACCGAGCGAGGCCUAGCCUCACUGCACCAUCUGAAGACGUUAAAGCGCCUGGAUCUGUCAGACCUCCCCGCUGUGAAAAACCAAGGGCUGAUGCGAAUCCUGUUGGAAGAGAGUCUACCACAGUGCACGAUUGUGGGGAUUGAAUAUGAGGAUGGGUUAUUACAGCAGCCCCUGCUGCAAUCAGACUGUGAACUGAGAAGCUACUCUCCAAACCCCAAUCAGUGAUUGCCUGAUCUGCAAUUGCUUGCAUCAACCCAGUUGUAUGUAAGAGCUGGACUUAUUUCUGCAGGAUCUUCUGCCUAAUGGAGCAGGCUAUGAACCUAGUGUCAAGUGCUGCUUUUGGAUCAGCAGCUAGAGGGUGGACCAUUCAGCUCCCACCUCCUCAUUGUCUCUGGGCUCGCCACAACUGAUUAGCCUAGCUGAAUAAAUGUGCUCAGCGAUCACCCACAAAAUCAGCUUCUAACUGUGCCAGACCUCAUUGAAACACCAGCCUUACAGAACUGUAUCAGUUUAAGGAGGGUUUGCCGUUCGUCUCAAGUUAUACUUCUGCUGCAAUUGAAAUCCAAUUAGUGUUUCAAAAUACCUGAAAAAAAGAGUUUAUUAAAUUUCUGUUUAGAUCA